UGAAAAAACAUAUGUUUUUUGACAUUCGUUUUUACUUGGCUUCGCACGCUAUUGAUGAAUCGCACGUGUAGUCGGAAUAUUUCUUUUUUAAAGCGCUUCAGAAGUUUAAAACAUUAAAUAUGGCGAAAAAUAAAAUUAAAGUGGUGGUUAAAAAGCGGGAUGAUGAUGCAGCGGAGGACUCGAUGAUUGAAAAUGGAACCAGCGAUGAGGAAUCAAAUCAAAAUACGUCAGAUAGUGAGAAUAAUGACAGUGACGAAGGUUUCUCGAAACACGCAGACAUUAAACCAUCAGAAAAGAAGUCGAAAAAGGUACGAAAGGAUUCAUUGCCACAUGGCACAUCAAAAGUUGCCACAAACGAUAAUAAUGCUAGCCAAGCAAAGUUAAAUAAACCAAACGCUGAAAAAGUGAAACCACCUACUCUUGAGGAAAUUAAUGAACUUAAGGAAACUCGUAAUCUGUUUCAUUCGAACCUAUUUCGACUACAAGUGAAAGAAAUGUUGGCGGAAGUAAAAAUUAAAGACAAAUACACCAACUAUAUCAACAAUUGGUUGGAAAGUUUUAAGCAGUUUUUAAACGAACUACAAAAUCAAUCACAGAAAGAGGAUAUGAACAAUCAAGCGUGGUUGAAGAAAUGUCAGAUUAAAUUUCCUAUUUCGCUGCAUAAUUUGCAUGUUGAACAACAAAAAAUUUUUCAAUUUCAAUUCAUUAAACCCAAAGUAUCGCCAUACCUUAUAGGAGCAGCUGCAACGCAGUCAUUACUCGGCCCCAAAUUAAACGUCGAUAUUUGUAUCCUAAUGCCGGAAGAAUGCUUUCAGAAAGAGAAUUAUCUUAAUUUAAUAUACGACCAAAAGCGUGCAUAUUAUUUAACUUACAUUGCUGAUAAAUUGCUUAGCAGCCGCGUAUUCGGUAAGGAACUGACGACAGAGAAAUUGUCAUUUAGUUAUCAUAAUAACAACCCACUCAAACCAAUAUUGGAAAUCACGCCAACACGUUUAACCGAGGGUAACGUGAAAACGAAUAUUGCAAGUAAGUUGAGUCUGCGUCUAUUUGUGGCAGCGGAGGAGAGUGCUUUCAAACUGAACCGUUUCGUACCUUGGAAUAAUAAUGUUCGCGCCAGCAUUUUCGGUGAUGAUAAUGAAGAAUCUAUUCCAAUGGCGACGCCAAACUAUAACGCUGGAGUGUUGUUCGAUCUCACUAUGCAGAGAAAUCAGCAAUUACUGCAUGGCAUUUUCGAUGAGCGCAAAAAUUUUCAAGAAGGUUUAGUUUUGCUGAAGGUUUGGUUAAGGCAGCGCGAAUUCGAUGUAGGUUUCAAUGGAUUUUCAUCGCAUUUACUGGCCAUGUUCAUAGCCUACCUGUACAAACAACGUAAAUUACAUAUGAACAUGAGCAGCUACCAAGUCGCACGUACUGUUUGGAAUCAAUUAGCGUACAGCGCUUGGGAUGAGGAUAGUAAAGGUAUUUCCUUGUCCGAUAACUCUACAGAUCUCGCCAAUCAACCUACAUUGGAGCAAUUCCAUACAUAUUACGACGUGGUCUUCGUAGAUGUUACUGGCUUCUUUAACAUCGCCGCAAAUCUGAAUUCGGAGAUAUAUCGGCGUGUACGUUUGGAAGCUAAAUUGGCAGUGGAUAUGUUAAAUGAUAUGAAAAUAAAUAGUUUUCAGAUAUUAUUCAUGAAGAAAAUUCCACUCUACAGCCAAUUCGACAACAUGCUCAAAAUAAACAAAAAGGAUAUUGUCGAGCAAAUCUUAGAAAUGCAUGUGAAACCAGCGGACAAGUAUAACUUCGCUGGUUAUGCAUAUCCCGUGCUACUCAAGGUCGUUGUAAGCCUCCUUAGUAAAGGACUUGGUGAGCGUAUUCGCGCUUUAAUACCGAUCGAAAAGGUGGUCGAUGCUUGGAGCUGUACAAAAAGCCCACCAGACUGCGCGCGUUACUGUCAUCUCGGUAUUGUGCUUAAUCCUGAUAAGGCAUUUGAAGUCUUAGACAAAGGUCCAGAAACCAUCGCAGAGGGCGCCGACGAAUUUCGCAAAUUUUGGGGCGACAAAGCGCAAUUACGACGCUUUCAAGAUGGUAGUAUUACUGAGUCGGUGGUGUGGGCUGCAGCUAACGACAGCCUAUGGAAGCGACGCUUGGUAUUGCGUUCCAUCGUUACGCAUCUAUUGCAACAUCAUUUUCAAUUAGAAAAUAAAGAUUUCGAAUAUAUUGCUGGUGAAUUAGAUGUUUCCUACCGCUUAACACCUAUUUUCCGAACGGAUAAAAUGCCUGAAAAGUUCAAAGUAGAACAGGACGUCGAUGCCGAGGAUACUUCACUCAAUGUAAUACGUUCUUUUGAUGACUUGGCACGCAAACUACAUGCGCUGAAUGAACUUCCGCUCGAGAUUGUCUCCAUUGCGGGCAUAUCACCAGUGUUUCGCUACAGUGAACCUGUACCAAUUCUACCACAAGCGCGCAUGAUUGGUGAAGAAAUGUAUGCUAUGCAAGUGCAACACGGUGUUAUACAAUUAGGUCAAAGUGGUAAAUGGCCUAGUGAGUUAGGUGCCUUGCGCGCUCUCAAAAUGGCUUUUUACAUACAAAUAGCUAAUUUGUUGCGGGAAAAAUAUAACUUGAAAGCGAAAGUCACCUAUGAUGGCAUUUUGGUACUUAAACAAGGAUACUGUUUUGCUAUCGAAAUGGCACAUCCCAAGGAGGUUGCACUGCUUAAGAAAGAGAAAAGUGAACGUGGAUUAACACAGUAUGUCGACUGUGAGGCCAGCAUUGCCGUAGAGAAACGUCAUUAUAUUCUGCCUAAAGUGACGGGUGCAUUACAUGCCUUAUAUCAAGUGCAUAACAGUUUCGGAGGCACUGUAAUGAUGGCCAAACGUUGGCUGAGUACCCAAUUCAUCGAUGAUGGCCUGUGGCCAGAAGUAUGUACAGAAUUGUUAAUUGCCGCACAAUUUUUAAGAACACCUGCAGAAAAAAAUCCCAGUUCGCCACAAACAGGCUUCAUAAGAUUUCUGCAAUUGCUUGCGGGCACCGAUUGGCGUAGCGAGUUGUUCUUAUUGAACUUUAACAAUUCAAUGGAUGAAAAUGUUGUAGCUGAUCUGGAGCAUCGCUUUAGCACAGAACGUGACACAUUCCCGCCACUUUGUAUAGCAACAUCAUUUGAUCAAAAUCAUAUUGGUAAUUUGUGGACUUCCGCGGGUAAACCCAAUAUUAAUGUGUUGGCACGUGUUACGCUUUUAGCGCAACACGCUUUGGGCAUAAUUGAAGAGGCGUUGCUAUCUACGAAAACUUUUAUAAAACCUGGCCAACUUUUCAUAGCUCCCAACAAUGGUUACGAUUUAGUAAUUCAAUUAAAACCGGAUUUGGUAUCUAAUUCUUGGGCACAUGAAUUCGGUUCAUCAUUUACAUCGCGUACGAGACCAAAUUGGCGUCUGCCCUUAGCAGAUAGUAAUUUCUUGCCGAACACAAUGGGAAAGUUACGGGAGGCUUUUUCUGACUUCGCUGCAUUCUUCUACAAUCCCCAUGGUGGCAAGGAAAUAGCGUUAAUCUGGAAGCCUGAUAUAUCUAACGAAAGAGAUUUUAAAGUGAACGAAGUGAAUGGUUGUUCAUUGAGCAGUCAAAAUAGUGGAAAAGUCUUUGUUAAAAAAGAAAUUUUGGUUGAGGAUUUGAAAUUUAUACUAAAAGAAAUGUAUCUAAGGAUAGGUACAGUUGAUGAAGUGUUGACUGCUUCACGUAAUACGCUGCCUACUAUGGCUGAGAAAACUGACAGAAUUAACAGUAAUUUCCAGCACAAAACUGGAGAAAAACGCUACUUUUCCAAUUCCCAUGCAGAAGACUCCGUUACAGAAAUUGAGACUAAAAAGUUGAAAAAACAUUCGAAGGACGUGGAGGCAAGUGCUAAGAAAAAUCGUUUGAAAAAGAAGUUAGCAAAAGAUUCAUUAAUAAACGGUUUGACAACAAAGUCAAAGAAUAUUAACAAAAACGGAAAGACAAAAAAAUUAAAAACAAAAAAGUUGUUCAUUUCCGCUGUUGCGACGAGCAAUAAACAUUAA